GCUCCUCCCCCCUCUCUUACUUAUCGGAAGCUUGAGCACAGAGUCGCCAUGCGCCUCUCACUGUUCACUCCUACUCAUCUCUCUCACACAACAUGAAGAACUGGUGGCUGUGGCGUUUCCUGCCGUUGGCGCUUCUGCUUCUGCAGGCGCUUGCGGUUGAACAUAAUGGACAGCCCGACAAACAAGAACCCUUAACAGAUGUCGUUCCUGAAUCAUAUGCACAUGCUGAGUCCUCGAGCGGGCCCGAGGGCUCUAACAGCCUACCGGGACACGAACACGUCCAAAAUGCCCUUGGAAUCCUCCGAGAAAGCAAAAUCCCCAUACUCACUCACGAGAAACCGUCCGGUCUACUGGGAUACACUUGGCAUUACGCCCAGGAAGCCUUCCGGAUCCUAUUCAUGAAUGGACCGCAGCCGGAUGGGACACACAAGCAGAAACUCGAUCCAAAUGUUGCAAAGGCUGCGAACGAACUCAAGAUUGCGGCGCAGGAGGACCAAAACCCCGAUGCAAUCUUCCUCCUAGCGGAAAUGAACUUCUACGGCAACUUCACCCACCCGAGAGACUUCAAGCAGGCUUUCCAUUGGUACCAGACCUUGGCGUCGUCGACUGGAAACGGUACGGCACAAUAUAUGCUUGGGUUUAUGUAUGCAACGGGUGUUGGAGGUGCGGUGGAGCGCGACCAGGCCAAGGCCCUGUUAUACCACACCUUUGCGGCCGAAGCGGGCAAUACGAAGUCGGAAAUGACCCUCGCGUAUCGCUACCACGCUGGAAUCGGGGCUCCUAGAGAUUGCGACCAAGCGACUUAUUACUACAAGAAGGUGGCCGACAAGGCUAUUGCUUACUACCGAUCUGGACCGCCUGGUGGCAAUAGCAUGAUCCGCGAGUCCUACCGUUGGGCGGACGAAGAGGGUGGUGUUUAUGGUGAAGGCGCCAGUGUAUCGACGCCUGCGCGCGAUGGAACGCAUUCGAGCACGGAAGCCAGCUUGGAAGACGUCCUGGAGUACUUGGAUUUGAUGUCGAGAAAGGGCGAACUGAAGGCUACUUUCAGCCUGGGCAAGAUGCACUAUGAAGGGGGCCGCGGCUUGCCUAGGAAUUUCCGCAAAUCGAUGAAUUACUUCAGACAGGUCACCAAGCGGUACUGGAAUAAAGACGGGUCGGUGAACCCCAACCAUCCUGUUGGUGUUGAGAAGCUGGCUUCGAAAGCAGCAGGCCAUAUUGGCAUGAUGUACCUGCGGGGCGAGGGGGUGGAACAGAACUUUGCAACUGCCCAGACUUGGUUUAGGCGUGGACUCGCGAAUGGUGAUGCUCUUUGCCAGCAUGAGCUCGGACUGAUGUACCUGCAUGGCUAUGGCGUAACACCGGAUGCAUUCAGAGCUGCAUCAUACUUCAAGGCUGCCGCCGAGCAGGACUUCCCGGCCGCUGAAACGAGGCUGGGUGCCCUGUUUUUGGACCAAGGCGAUGUCCAGACCGCCACCCGCUAUUUCGAACUCGCUGCGCGCUGGGGCUGGAUGGAGGCCUUCUACUACCUUGCAGAACUGUCCAACAAUGGGGUUGGGCGGAAACGACACUGCGGAAUGGCCGCGUCUUACUACAAGAUGGUCGCCGAACGGGCGGAAGUCAUCCAUUCAUCCUUCGAGGAAGCGAACACUGCAUAUGAGAACGGAGACAAGGAACGGGCAUUUAUCCCGGCGCUGAUGGCUGCGGAGCAGGGCUACGAGCAUGCGCAGUCCAAUGUUGCGUUCCUGCUGGAUGAGCAGCGGUCUUUGUUCGCCAUUGAUACCAUCCUUCCAGGAGCCAAGAAGAGCAGACCGGCUCUGCUGCGGAAUGCGGCGCUGGCUCUUAUCUACUGGACACGCUCCGCCAAACAGGCGAACAUCGACUCCUUGCUCAAGAUGGGCGAUUACUACCUGACGGGCAUGGGAAUUGCCGCGGAUGCGGAGAAGGCCUCGACCUGCUACCACACCGCAGCCGAAGUGCACUACAGCGCACAGGCGUACUGGAACCUGGGAUGGAUGCAUGAAAAUGGUGUUGCCGUGGACCAAGACUUCCACAUGGCCAAGCGAUACUACGAUCUCGCGCUGGAGACUAGCUCCGAGGCGUAUCUGCCCGUGAAGCUCAGUCUGCUUAAACUGCGGAUGCGGGGAUACUGGAAUUGGCUAACGAACGGAGACAUCAACCCCAUCCAAGAGGAAGAAGUGAGAUCGCAUCGAACCCUGAAGGAAUUUAUCGCCACUUUUAUCCAGAACAACGAGGAAGAAGAGGCCGCCUUCCGCGCACAGAUGUACAAACAGGACGAGGAGGACGAACUCAUGUCGAGCAAUCGCCUGGACGACCACCGCGAAGACGGCUACUACGACGAGCUGGAGCUCGAUAUUGAUGAUAGCUUUCUGGAGGGAUUGCUCAUUCUCAGUCUUGCCGCAACCCUGCUCGUGCUUGUGUAUAUGAGACAGCAGCGCAACCGCCAGCGUCAGAACGACAACGGCGGCGCGAAUGCGGCGGCAGGAGGCAAUGCCAACAAUGAUCGGGGAAUGUUCCCUCGCCCCGGCGAGCCGGGGUUCAAUGAUUGGCUUGCUGGGGCGGUAGGUCAUUAA